GUGCAUUCCAUGGCAGAACCAUGGGAUGUCUUUCAGCAACCCGUUCAAAAGCCAUCCAUAAGAUUGACAUCCCUGCUUUGGAUUGGCCAAUGGCAAGAUUCCCUCGGUACAAAUAUCCUUUGGAAGAUUAUGUACAUGAGAACCAGCAGGAAGAUGCAAAAUGUCUGGAAGAAACAGAAGAUCUUAUUCACAAAUAUAAUGCUGCUGGCAAGCCAGUUGCAGCUAUACUGGUAGAGCCCAUACAAGCAGAGGGAGGUGAUAAUCAUGCAUCUCCAGAGUUUUUCCAGGGAUUACAGCAAAUUGGCAAAAGGACAGGUGCAGCACUCUUGAUAGAUGAAGUACAAACUGGAGGUGGUCCCACUGGAAAGAUGUGGUGCCAUGAGCACUUUGACCUUCCAGAGGCUCCUGAUAUUGUUACAUUCAGUAAGAAGAUGCUAACUGGAGGAUAUUACUUCAAAGAAGAAUUCAAACCACCUCAAGGCUAUCGUAUUUACAACACCUGGAUGGGUGAUCCUUCAAAGGUGAUCAUGCUGGAGGAGGUCAUCAGAGUUAUCCAGCGUGACCGUCUUCUAGAAAAUGUUAAUGAAUCAGGAGAUAUACUCAUGAAGGGUCUGACAACUCUUCAGAAUCAGUAUCCUCAACACAUCAAUUCGACCCGAGGAAGAGGAACCUUCAUUGCAUUUGAUGGAACAAAUGCUGCAAAACGAGACAGCAUUGUAAACAAAUUAAAACUACAAGGAAUUCAUUCCGGGGGAUGUGGAGAUAAAUCAGUGCGUCUUCGUCCUGCCCUCAUCUUCCAACCUCAUCACGCCAAUAUUUUCCUCAAUAAGCUUGAGACAGUUCUCUCAAAUCUGUAAAAGACUGAAGACAUUUUAAAUCCAUUCUUCAACAAUGUACAUCUAGUUUGCAUAAGUCUGAUACAGAUUACUAAAUUUGCUCCUAGGCAUGAAAGAGAGAUGUACAGAUAAUCUGCAGACACAUAU